AUGCAGUUCUCUACCGCUCUUGUUGCUGCUUUCGCCGCCCUUGGCCAAGUCGCUAUGGCUGAUUUCCAGGUGUAUACCAUGCAGGAAGUCGUUACCGUGGACGGCUCGGUCUCGACGGGAUGGUUCUUCCUAAACGGAGAGCCGGACUGCAAGGACGCAAUGAGCAGGCUCUUCAUCAACAACUCGGAAGACGUCAGUGGAAACAAGCGUGGCGUCCGUUGCAAGGGCGACGGAUGUUUUGGCGGCGUUACUAGCGGCCACACAAAAGUCAAAAUGGGUACGAGCGAGAAGCGUUCGCCAUCGGUUGAGCGCGAGGAGAACGUUAUCAACCAUGUCAACAGCAUCGUUGACGAUGAGAAGCAUGUUCAACAAGAUGAAGAGCGCGACUGGACCGGCACAGCGAAGAAGACGGACCCCGAAGAGAUCAGGCUAGUUCGGAAGCUUGACUACCGUAUCAUGCCCUGCCUUUGCGUCAUGUACUUUCUGAACUACGUCGACCGAAAUGCCAUUGCUCAGGCGCGACUCAAUAACUUGGAGGAGGACUUGAACAUGUCCGGAACACAGUUUAACACCACCGUAUCUAUUCUGUUCGUCGGCUACGUCCUGAUGCAAAUCCCUUCGAACAUGUUGAUCACAAGGAUUCAACCCGGCUUGUACAUGAGCGCGUGGAUGUUGGUCUGGGCUGUGGUGUCAGGCUGCACGGCGUUGGUCCAGAACUACGGUGGUCUCGUGGCGUGCAGAUUCUUCCUGGGUAUCACCGAGGCACCAUUCUACCCUGGUGCCACCUACAUGCUCUCCAUCUUCUACACUCGCAAAGAGGUCGCCACUCGUAUCGCUGGUCUUUACUGCGCUCAGAUCCUGGCCACUGGUCUGUCGAGUCUGAUUGCCGCGGGCAUCUUCGCCGGAAUGGACGGCCUCAACGGAAUCGCAGGCUGGAGAUGGCUCUUCAUCGUUGAGGGCGCCAUCACUGGCUUCGUCGCCCUCAUUGGUUUCUGGCUGCUUCCCAACACGCCCCUGACGACUCGCUGGCUCAACGAGCGCGAGAAGCAGCUCGCUCACUCCCGCAUGGAGAAGGACAGAGUCUCAGACGCGUCUGACGAGAAGGCGUCGGCUAUGGAGGGUCUCAGACAGGCAUGUCGCGAUAAGCGUACUUGGCUGUUCUGUCUUAUGCAGAACUUCCAUCUGUCUGCGUGCUCUUUCAACUCCUUUUUCCCUACAGUCAUUAAGACUUUGGGCUUCAACACGACGAUCACCCUUGUCAUGACUUGCCCACCUUUCAUCUUUGCUGGUGCUGCCGGAAUCUUGUUUGGAUGGAGCUCUGGUCGUCUUCAUGAGCGCACUUGGCACAUCACCGUCGGUCUUGCCGUUGCGAUCGCUGGCUUUGUCAUUGCCGCCUCAACUAUGAAUACCGCAGCACGCUACACGGCAUCUUUCAUUCUAGCUGCUGGUGCCUAUUCCGUGAACUCGGUUAUCAUCGGUUGGGCAUCCUCGACUCUUUCACAAACCAAGGAGAAGAAGGCUGUCGUUCUCGCUAUGACCAAUGUUGGUGGUCAGAUCGGCUACAUCUACGGCGCGUACCUUUGGCCCAGCACUGACUCACCCCGCUAUGCCAUUGGCUUCGGUGCAUCGGCCGGUUUUGCUCUGCUCUCUAUCGUCUGCGCUUGGUGGAUUCGUAUUUUGUUGGUUAGGGAGAACAGGAGGAUCAGGGCGUCUACCUCCGAGCACGUCAACCUGUACGGGUACUAG